AUGGCCUACGUACUUGAGCCAGAGAUCGAUCAACCUACGGCUGAACUUAUUGUUCAGCUUCAACUUGAAGAUGCUGCUUUUUACUUCGAAUCGUCCAAAAGAAAAUCUAGACAUCCUACAAGCGAAGAAACAGCAUUUCAAUUACACAAUGAGGAGUUGGAUGGCGCUUUCCAGUUUCUCGCGGAUAGACGGAUGGCGAUGAGUUUCGCGGCCGCGGUUCAAGCCGAUGGACAAACUCUGGCUAACAGCCAAAUUGAAGAAGAUACUGCGACCAAAGACCGAGAUAUUGCUAGUCACUGGGUGGAAAAUGGAUCUCCUGUGACACUGGAAGACCCCCAAAAAGAAUCAACGGCAUUGGAUGAUGAGAUUCUGGCUAAACUUCAGAUCCUAUACAUGUCUGGUCUAGAAGGAUACCAUGCCAUAGAGAGCGUGGAAAAUACCAGCACAGAGAUUGAGCAACCUGAAUCUUCUACUUGGGCAGCCCAGCGGAAUCGCCAAUUAUCACGACAAUUGCAUCGUUAUCGCAAGAGAGAAUGA